AUACAUAACCAAGGAGGAUCCAAACAGAUGGCACGGAUGGCAAGCCGUAAAGGGCAGGCCUUGAGAGAUAAAGUUGGUGGCAGGGCUCGCAGGUGAGGCCUGGGUCCUAGCGCGGAGGUUGGGGCCGCACAGCUGUAGCCUCGCGCCCUGGUCCCUCCUCCCAGCUGCGGCGGCCUCCCCCCAACACCCGCCCCCACCCUCCCCCAGCCGCUCCCGACGCCGCCGCCGCAGCCACCGCCUCCUCCCCUCUGCCUCCCGGUGGCUCCUCGCUCUCCUUCCAUCUCUCGCGCCCCCUCUCCCUCCGUCCCGUCCUCGCCGCUCCCCUCACCCCGCCUCUCUCCCCCUCCCCCAGCCCCUCCUCUCCUCACCCCACCCGGCCUCCCUCCCUCACUCGCCCGCCCGGCGCUCACAGAGCCGACACCAGGGGGGCUCUCGAUGUAGCACCAUGACAGGCAUCGCCGCCGCCUCCUUCUUCUCCAAUACCUGCCGAUUCGGGGGCUGCGGACUCCACUUCCCCACCCUGGCCGACCUCAUCGAGCACAUCGAGGACAACCACAUCGAUACAGAUCCGCGGGUUUUAGAAAAACAAGAAUUACAGCAGCCAACCUAUGUUGCCCUGAGUUACAUUAAUAGAUUCAUGACAGAUGCUGCCCGCCGAGAGCAGGAGUCCCUAAAGAAGAAGAUUCAGCCGAAGCUCUCACUGACCCUGUCCAGCUCAGUGUCUCGAGGGAAUGUGUCCACUCCCCCACGCCACAGCAGUGGAAGCCUUACUCCCCCCGUGACCCCUCCCAUCACCCCCUCCUCUUCAUUCCGCAGCAGCACUCCAACAGGCAGCGAGUAUGACGAGGAGGAGGUGGACUAUGAGGAGUCAGACAGCGAUGAGUCCUGGACCACAGAGAGCGCCAUCAGCUCUGAAGCCAUCCUCAGCUCUAUGUGCAUGAAUGGAGGGGAAGAGAAGCCUUUUGCCUGCCCAGUUCCUGGAUGUAAAAAGAGAUACAAGAAUGUGAAUGGCAUAAAGUACCACGCUAAGAAUGGUCACAGAACACAGAUUCGUGUCCGCAAACCAUUCAAAUGUCGCUGUGGGAAGAGUUACAAGACAGCUCAGGGCCUGCGGCACCACACAAUCAAUUUCCAUCCCCCGGUGUCGGCUGAGAUUAUCAGGAAGAUGCAGCAAUAACAUGCUGGUCAUAACUGUGCCAAGAAAUCCUCACCAGCAGUUGCUGAUUUUGAAAACAGCCACCUUUUUUCAGGGGAAGCAUUCAGCAACCCUUUAAAGAAAAAGAAUUAAAUGCAUGCUUUAAAUUUUUUCUGUAAUUUUGGAAUGAUGUAUCUUUGUAGAGUUAAUGAUUUUGUACAUUUGCACAUGUAAUCAUCAUACCCAUUUUCAUUACUUUGAUAUAAGGUGCUAAACAAAAAAGCUCUAGGUUCUUCAGCACAUUUCCCCCAAAACAAAAUAAAAUUGAGGGCAUGUGGCAUAUUGUUGAAUUGUAUUGCAGUGAAAUCAACUGGGGGGAGGAGGGGCUGGCACUGAGAUUUUUUUUCAAGAUUGUAAUGUGAUUGAAGUUUUCGACACAUCAACUCACAUAUGUUCAAAACCAAAAUAAUACCUUCAUUAUCAAACUGGUUACCAUGCCUUACAUAAUGGAGUUAGUAUUUGUGAGUAGAAAGACUUUAGGUAAUGGAAAUAUAAAUAAGAAUGUUUAACAUAAUAUGCUAAAAAUAUUUUCAUAUUUAAAUAACAUACAUAAAAGGUGUGCUUUCUGUGUUUUAUAUUAUCUUGCAAAUCUUUUGCCCUUUAAAAAGCUGAAAAUCUUGCCAUCUGACUUACUAGUCAUUUUAGUGUUAUAAAUGGCAUUUUGUACAAAAUAGUCUUAUUCAGUUCAUUCAUUCAUUAACCACACAUUCAUUGAGUGCCUGCUGGGUGCAAGAGAUUCAAUUUAUGCCUCUUGAUAUCUGCGGACCAAGAAACCAAUUUAGUGAAAUACUUUUCCUUGAAAUCUGUUAGGAAACACUUUGAAAUACUUAAGUGCAAAUUUUGUGUGUGUGGAAUUUAGUUAUAUCUUCAUCUUCAGAUGAAGUUUUAAAGCACUUUGUAGUUCUCUAUUGCCAACAAUUUAAUGAUGGUUAUGUGUUGCCAAUUCUUGCAACCACUACCCUACCAGUCCUGUGGGUUGCAAAUCAGAACUAAAAUUCUAAGCAUGUUUCAAAGAGGAACACUUUUGUUAAGACUCCUAUUGCCUCUUCUUCAUGCUCAUCAUUUUUGAGACUUUUCUUAAAAGGCACUUUUCUCAUCACAUUGUAGAGUCUGCAUUCUCAUAGGAAAUGUCUGUUUAGCUUUAUAAACACUUUGCUGAAAUAUGAAAAUGAGCCUUAUUGACAAUUAAGUGCUUCUUGCAGCAGGUGGUCAAAGAAAAGCAUGACUAAUACGACCCGUUAGAGUAACCUACAUCUGGACCAUUCCUGAAGUUUUUCCUCACCGACAUACCAUCAUGCCUUGAGUGUUCUUUUCUCCCAAGUGCUAUUCCUUAAACAUGAGAGUUUACCAAUUGCCUAAGUAUGCAAUAAAAAAAUGCUUUGAGAUAGCUAACUGCCCAUAAAACAAACUCAGAUUGCUCAUAAAAAAAUUAUCUUCCCAUAUUCCCAUCUGAUGAAAAAUCUUACGUCACAUGUAGCUAGGAAGCAGGGGGUCCCUCCUCAAUUUUCAGAUGUUUUGAAAGGAUGACAAUUCUGCUAGCCAGAUGAGUAAACCUCUAAAUUCGUAAGUUCUGAAUCCCUCAUAAUGAGGGAUUUUAAAGUAUUUUUAAAGACACUGCCCUCUUAAAAUUUCCUCAGCUCUGAAGCAUGGUCUUGGUCCUGAAUAUACAGUGUUAUCCUGUUUAAAAGGGUGAUCCAGACGACAUGAGAAGCAACUAGUUGGUGCAUAAGAAGGCCCUACUUGGCUAUUUCAUAUCUACCUACAAUUGACCAAAAAACAAUUUUUAGGCCAGCAAUUAUUAUUUAGCUUUGCUCCUUCUAGUGCAAAGAACUGCAGGCUGGAUCAGUAGUUUAACAGCUAAACAGUCAUAAAAUAGUCAUUGUGCAUGUUAAAUUUCUUUCAAUGAUAAAACAAAUUCCAAUUUCUAUUUACUUAUUCAUUGUGACAGUAUUACUAAACAGGUAAGGAUGGGAAUAUUUUGUUAUACUGUGUAUAGUGAAUGUAUUGUACUGUGUCUGUGAAAACUGUGCUUUAAAUUAUAUUUUCAUAUGUUUUGUUGGGAACAGAGCACAUUAAGUCUGAAAGCGACAGAGGUUUGUAUUAGAAUUGAAGGCAACUUAAUCAAAAUUCCUGUCAAGAAAAGCUGCUUAUAAAUGUAAAUGAAAUCACAUUUAAAAUAAACUGCCUCUGACCCAAAAAUAAA